CUCAAAAAAUGUUGUUUGGUUUGGCCUUUUGAGUUUCCACGAUGGCGAUGUACGAGAAGGUUUGCGUUCACCCUCUUGUGGUGUUCGCAAUUGCCGAGAGCCAUCAGCGGCGAAACGAGGACCAGAAGAGAGUCAUCGGUACCCUAACUGGCAACGUUGUGGACGAUGUUGUGAUCGUGAAGGAUUGUUUCGUUGUCCCACACAAUGAAACCCAUGACGAGGUUGCUGUUGAUAUGGAAUUUGGCCGCAACAUGGUGGAGAUGCGGCGCCGAGUGAAUGCCUCUGAGUGUGUCGUCGGUUGGUUCUCCAGCACCUCUCACAUCACUGAGCACAGUGCCCUGAUUCAGGACUAUUAUGCCCGCGAGACGCCCACUGGUGUCCAGCCCAUCCACCUGACUCUGGAUACGUCACUAGAGAAUGACCGGCCCAACAUGGAGGCGCACGUCUCUCUGCCCAUGGGCACCCCGGGCAAGGUGACUGGCGCCAUGUUUUGCCAGAUUCCCUGCACCGUCACCUGCAUGAACGCCGAGCGUGUUGGCCUUCACCAUCUGCAGCAGCCGCGCCAGUCCACCGAUGUGCAGCACAUUGAGUCGGCGUGCAGCAAGAUGCAGGACCGGUUGACCUCGAUCAUCCGCUACGUCGAGGACGUCCUGGAGGGCAAAGAAAAGGGAGAUGAGACCACUGGUCGCUUCUUGCUCGACCUGAUCAACAGCUUGCCUCGCAUGGAUGCGCAUACCAUGCACACCAUGUUGAACGGAACCACCCAGGAUCUGCUGAUGAUGAUGUACUUGGCCACGCUGGUCGAGACUCCUCUCACACUCAUGGAGCGCAUCCGUACCGCAAAUCUAUAACUUCCUCCUUUUUUUCUUAUAAUUUUUUACCUGUGCAAAAAAACGUGGAAACUGCAA